AACACCAUGCUCAUCACCCCUAAUCCUAUUUUAUUGAAUUCCAAUUUUGUCCCCGGUUCCAUUUCCAAGCGUGGUUGCGCAUCUCCAUCUUCUUCUCCAUUCCUUUGCUCCUCUUAUCCCUCAGACUGUGGCAUGUUCCACGUUCCACGAAGCUUGGAGCGUAAGCUUGGUUGUGCACCGUUCUCUGUUGCCAAUAUAUGGAUACUGCUGCUGGUCAAAUUCUUUACCCUUUGCACCGCUGUAAAACUCUUCACCUGGUUAGACAUGCCCAAGGAUUUCACAAUGUAGAAGGUGAGAAGAACUUUGAAGCGUACAAGUCUUAUGAUCUUUUUGAUGCAAGCCUGACCCCUCUCGGCUGGAAACAGGUUGAAAAUCUGAGAGGACAUGUUAAGGCUAGCGGUCUUUCCAAAACAAUUGAACUAGUUAUAGUUUCUCCCUUGUUAAGGACCAUGCAAACAGCAGUGGGAGUUUUUGGUGGUGAAGCAUGUACCGAUGAGACUAGUGUACCUCCACUAAUGAAUGCCGGUGUGGGAGACAGUGAUCGGCAAGCAAUUUCCAGUCUCAAUGCUCCACCAUUUAUAGCAGUGGAGCUUUGCCGGGAACACUUGGGGGUGCAUCCUUGUGAUAAGAGAAGAAGCAUCAGUGACUACCGACAUAUGUUUCCAGCUAUUGAUUUUUCAUUGAUAGAAAAUGAUGAAGACAUUCUGUGGAAACCUGACAUUAGAGAGAAGAAUGAAGAAGUUGCUGCCAGAGGACUUAAAUUUUUGGAAUGGCUGUGGACAAGAAAAGAGAAGGAGAUAGCUGUUGUUACCCACAGUGGUUUUCUGUUUCACUCCUUGAGUGCUUUUGGAAAUGAUUGUCAUCCAACAGUGAAGAGUGAAAUCUGCACACACUUUGCUAAUUGUGAGCUACGUUCAAUGGUUGUCGUUGAUAAAGGUCUGAUUGGUUCAGAUGAAUCAUCUACCAACUAUUCUGGCAAAAUUCCUUAUGGCCUUGAUCUUCCCAGUGAUGUUGCUGACGAAAACCAUAUAGGGAACGGAAACUGAUAGUUACCGUUGCUCUGUUAUAGGCUGGAAUUUCUUUCGUUUUCAUGAUUUGCAUUUAUAGGUUUCUUCAAUGCUAAAAUCACAAGUCUUACCAACUUUUUUUUGAUGGAAACAUAUUUAUUGACAACGAUCACUCAAUUUUAGCAUUCGUAAAUGGAUAUCAAUUUUUCAUGUGUUAA